UCGAUGUCCCCCGUCCCGUGCCCGCCCCCUGAAUGUUCCCGGACGAAUCCCUUCCGGUGGAGUCUGACCGGGGUGGGGGUGGGGGUGCAGCGAGACCCCAUUUUACAGAGGCAGAAGCAGGUCCACGAGCGUAAAUUACUCAUACAGCCAGGAAGUUCUUUGUGUGCCAUCCCUUUAGGUCUCUCAUUCGCGUACUCAGUAAAUGUGUAUCGAAUACAGACCGUGUACUAGGUACGGUCCUAGGCGUUGGCACACAGUGGUCAUCGGGCACGCAAGGCUCCGGUUCUCAAGAAGCCUACACGGGAGUGGCCGCGACAAACCACGUGCAAAAGGAACUGCCUUUAGACAAUCGCAUGGGCCAUGUGAGAAAUGAAGCAGGGUAGGGACCCGACGGUUAGGUAGGAAGCUCAGGAAGGCCUUGUUGAGGACGUAGCAUUUGAGCUGAGAACCCAAAGACCAGCUAGCCGCCCAGAAGCCUGUAGGAGGAAAGAGGAAGCUGCAGGUGCAAGGCCCUGUGGUUAGUGGUGUUGGUGCUCAGCAAGCCAGAGAGUGAGGCAGGGCGCUCAUUGUUUACCCUAGUGGAGAUCUUGUUAGAGCCUCCCCGCUAGUUCCCCCGGUUUUUUUUUUUUCUCAAGGAGCCCGCCACCUGCCCUCUCAACACAGAGCGUGCCUCUCAUUCUGGACCUUAGGGUCCGCAUGUAAGGCUUCCCUGUGUGACAAGACCCCAGCUACACAGAGUGACAGGAUCUUUCACUGCAGGCAGUCGGCUUCUCAAACCAUUGUGACAGGACUGGUUCUGAACUCCCAAACGAUUAUGGAUCAGUAUUUUUAUAGAACCAAUAUAAAUGAGUAAGAGGAGAAUUAUUAAAAGCAUACAAAAUGUGAGCCUAUUUUUAUUGGGUUCACCGAUACAAAGUUACUCUGUCAGAUUGCUAUUAAGUUUCUAAACAUUUAUGCUCCGUUUCCCUUCGUGGUUGUGAACUGGCAACAGUUUGCAGACCAGCAUUGGUCUACACCUUCUUUGCAGAGCACUCAGUAGCUGGGUGCCAAAGCCUGGGAUUGCUGGUUUUGCCACUUCUCAGCUGUGUGACAUGGGCAAAUUGCAUAUCCUUUCUGAGCUUCUGAGCUUUACUCUCUAUCAAACACGGCUAGUGAUGGUACCUGCCUCAUGGGUUUGCGCUAAUGCAGCUGAGGCACUUCGCAAGGACUGGUACUCCUAGAGCUUAAUAAACAAUAUUCUCUAUUAUAGCUCUCAUUUUCCUUGCUGAUUUGCAUAUGGAAAAGGCUGUUGACUACAGACAGAUAGAAUUAUCAAGCAACUGAGAUCACUUAUUGCUAAAAUUAAUGGAAAGCUGUACUUCGAUCAAUAUUUAGGUCUCCCAACAGCUGUGUAAAGGAGGUUUCCAUUUUUUGUUUUUAAUCUCUAACAGAUGAGACUAAGCUCAGACCAGUGAAGUAGAGUGCCCAAGGGAUAGCAAUCAAUAAAUGGAUGCAGAAUUUAAAUCCACAUUUAUUUGAUUUAAGAGAUCUUUCUUUCAAUUACCGAACCCCCAUCUUCCAUCUUGGGGACCACUGAUUUUGUGGUAGCUUUGCGAUAACUAGCAGAAAGUCACACAUAAUCAGUGUUGAAUGGGAGUUUACCUGACUACAGAAGAGGCCUUCGUGUCCUGUGCUGCCUCCUGUUCCUGUAAAUGCAGAGAAGCUCAUCGUGGAGACGGGGCUGUGGCCUGGACAAGAGAAGACAGGAUAAGGGGAAAUGGCAAAAUGCUUAAUGUGAAUCUUUCAGCCAGGAAUGAUGGAAAGGCUUUUUGCACCUGGGUGGCCUCCGCACUGCCUUGUACAACUAUAUCUUUGCCAAGAAGCACCAGGGGAGUUUCAUCCUUAGGCUGGAGGACACGGAUCAGACCCGCCUUGUGCCUGGGGCAGCGGAGAAUAUUGAGGACAUGCUGGAGUGGGCAGGCAUCCCGCCUGAUGAGAGUCCCCGCCGGGGAGGUCCUGUUGGGCCCUACCAGCAGUCCCAGCGUCUCGAGCUAUACGCCCGGGCCACAGAAGCGCUGCUGGAGUCCGGCGCCGCUUACCCCUGCUUCUGUUCACCGCAGCGGCUGGAGCUCCUGAAGAAGGAGGCCCUAAGGAACCACCAGACACCCCGGUAUGACAACAGGUGCCGGAACCUGAGCCAGGGGCAGGUGGCCCAGAAGCUAGCCCAAGGCCCCAAACCUGCGAUCCGCUUCCGCCUGGAGGGGGAAGCGCCAGCCUUCCAGGACCUGGUGUACGGCUGGAAUCGGCAUGAGGUGGCAAAUGUGGAGGGGGACCCAGUCAUCCUGAAAAGCGAUGGCUUCCCCACGUAUCAUCUGGCCUGCGUGGUGGACGACCACCACAUGGGCAUCAGCCACGUGCUGCGUGGGUCCGAGUGGCUGGUCUCCACCUCCAAGCAUCUGCUUCUCUACCAGGCCCUGGGCUGGCAGCCUCCUCGCUUUGCCCACCUGCCCCUGCUGCUCAACAGGGAUGGCAGCAAGCUGUCCAAGAGGCAGGGGGACAUUUUCUUGGAGCAUUUCGCGGCCGCCAACUUCCUGCCGGAUGCCUUGCUUGAUAUCAUCACCAACUGUGGCUCGGGGUUUGCAGAGAACCAGAUGGGCAGGACCUUGCCGGAGUUGAUAACACAGUUUGACCUGACCCGAGUCACCUGCCACUCAGCCCUGUUGGACCUGGAGAAGCUUCCAGAAUUCAACAGGCUGCACCUCUGUCGGCUGGUGAGCAGCGAGACCCAGAGGCGCCAGCUGGUGGGGAAGCUGCAGGCCCUGGUGGAGGAGACGUUCGGGGACCAGAUUCAGGACAGGGAGGUCCUGGCCCCAGCCUACGUGGAAAGGAUCAUCCUGCUGAGACAGGGUCACAUUUGCCGCCUGCAGGAUCUGGUCUCGCCAGCAUACUCCUACCUGUGGACUCGCCCUGCAGUGGGCCGAGCACAGCUGGGCCCCCUCUCAGAGAAGGUGGAUGUGAUUGCCAAGCGUGUGCUGGGGCUUUUAGAAGGACCUGAUACAAGCUUUACUCAGGACAUGCUGAAUAGCAAACUGAAGAAGGUAUCCGAAGGCCUGGAAGGGACCAAACACAGUACUGUGAUGCGGGUCCUCCGAGUGGCCCUCAGCGGGCAGCUGCAAGGACCCCCUGUAGCCGAGAUGAUGGUGUCCUUGGGAGUGAGGGAAGUGCGGGAGCGGAUACAGAAGGUGCUUUCCAGCUAGAGAGAGGAUGUGCAGGAGAGUGGAGACGGCCCUAGGAACCUGGGCGGGCCCGGAAACCGCCUUCAGAGGGAAGCUCGUGGAAGGAACGCCGCGUGGAAACAGUCUCCGAGCGCGCACGCUGCUUCUGUGGCCUCUUCUCAUCUCACGUCUGGUCUGGACGGCACGUUAACAGGGCGCCGGUUAGGGGCAGGUUCACACUUGGCUCAGGCUGCCAGACAAGUGCCUGAAACAACAGAAAAUGGUUUUCUCACAGUUCUGGAGUCUGGAAGUCCAAGGUCAAGGUGUCAGCAGGUGGGGCUUCCCAGAAGUCUCUCUCCUUGGCUUGCCCACGGCCACCUCUCUGUGUCCUCACAGGGUCUCUCUGGGUGUUCACAUCUCCCCUUGAAGGGACGUGGGUCAGGUUGGAGUGAGGCCCAUCCUGGUGGCCUAGCUGUAACUUAACCCCAACUUUAGGGGUCCUGUUUCCACAUCCAGUCAUGUCCUGAGGUCCUGGGGGUUAGGGUGUCAGCAUGUGAGUGUUGAGGGGAUGCAGGUCAGCCCUUAACAGUGUGGCAGCUUCCUGGACAUUGGAUCUCGGUUCUCGGGGCCUAUUGGGAUGUGGAGCAGGGCAGGGUGGCUGGUGCAUGCAGGGCUGAACUGGGUGGCAGACCCUCUGGGGCGUGGGAGAGGCGAAGUGACCGUCUGACGAGGGUGAGCGCUGCCUUUUCUACUGCUCUUUGGCCUUGCACGGGGCCGUCCUGUCUCUCCUUCUCUAAAGGUCAUCCCUUUCUUGUCUCAGUUCUCUAGGACUUGUCCUUGGGCUGGAGACCUUCACCCUGCCUCUUUCACACCUUUUUCUUCAUGUCUACCUCUUCCUUCUGCCCAUUAUUGUAAGUCUUCGUCUACAGGUUUCUGAAAUAAGAUGUUCUUUUUAUUUAUUUAUUUAAGUGAUUUCUAUGCCCCAAAUGAGGCUCGAAUUUACAACCCCAAGGUCAAGAGUCACAUGCUCCUCCAGCUGAGCCAGCCAGGCACCCCUGAAGUAGAUGUUCAUACUGGGGUAAAUAGAAAUGGAAGGGUGAUGAUGGCUGUGUAUAAAGACCGUACUGGAAAAAGAAUAAAUAAAAUAACAAUUUUUUUAAAGAUUUUAUUUAUUUACUUGACGACAGAGGUCACAAAUAG